UAGGGAGAAGGGCUCGAAAGAGGGCGAGGAGAAACAAGACGGGGUGCCCUGGGGAACAGCCUCUCUCUCUCUCCGGGCCCCACGUGCGCACACGGGCACCUCUCCCUUCCCCGAGCCCCGCUCCGCCGUCGCUCUCGCAGAAAUGUCCUCCAGAUGUGCGCGGCCUCCCUCCCCGGCCGAGGGUUCCGCGGGGAGCUGCGCCAGCCAGAGCGGAGUCAGCAGUUGGCCCGAGCCCAUUUCCCAGAUGGGUGAGGGGAGGGUUUUUUUUUUCCCUCCGCUUUCGUUCCUUCUCUCAGCCUACAUUUCUAGGUCUUUUCUCACCAUAAGUUUCGGAAGGGCAAACCACAAUGCCCGCACCCUUUCCACCCCACUGCCCACUCACCCCUCCACCACCCCACCCCGCUCCGACACGGGAUAAUCUCCGAAUUGAUCGCUUUCCAGGGAAUCGGUGCUGCUCCCCGCCACCCGAUCCCACUUCGCCUUCCUGACCCUGGAUCCCAGGACAUUAACGGAAAGGACGUUCUCUGCAUCCCCAGGGCUGUGGUUGAUCAGCUUAAGUUGAGGAAAUGGAGACACAGACCUGUUUAAGAGGCUUCACUGCUUGAGCACCCUCAUCAGGAUUUAAUAUGUGGAGAUUCCUUCCAAAUGUCAUAAAAGGUAGGUUUAGGAAAGAUUUGGUUUAAAUUUGAGGAUGGCACAUACACUCCAGGAAACAAUGAAGCGGACCCUUUAAGUCUUGGAGUGAAAGGGCGGAGCCGUCGUCAGGGACGCGACUGAGCGUCUGGGUUUCCAGGAAGUGACGUCAGGCAGCCGCAGAGAUGGAGGACUUGCUGGACCUAGGCGAGGAGCGGCGUCGCGGCCCGGCCACCUCCGGGGCCAAGAUGGGGCGCCGAGCUCAACAGGAGUCUGCCCAAGCCGAGAAUCAUCUCAGUGGCAAGAAUUCCUCUUCAACUCUGACUGGAGAGGUUCCCCCUCCCAAGCCACCCCGCCGGCAAGGACGCUGGGCAGAGGACUCCGUGAAGGUUUCCAAGUCACGGAGGAGGGCUUCUGAGGAAAUAGAAGACCACCGCCUCAGACAGCAGAGCCUGGAUACAUCAGAUGACGGAGGAGAUAUCCCUGUUAUUCCGGACCUGGAGGAGGUACAGGAGGAAGACUUCGUCUUGCAGGUGGCAGCCCCUCCCAGCAUCCAGGUCAACCGAGUGAUGACCUACCGUGACCUGGACAAUGACCUCAUGAAGUACUCAGCCUUUCAGACCUUGGAUGGAGAGAUUGACCUGAAGCUCCUCACCAAAGUCCUGGCGCCAGAGCACGAGGUUCGAGAGGACGAUGUCAGCUGGGACUGGGACCGUCUGUACACAGAGGUGUCCUCCGAGCUCCUCAACGAGUGGGACACACUGCAGACAGACAAGGAAGGCCCCGUGGGGCGGCCCGCACACACCUGAGCCAUGGAGUUGCUUUCCCUGCACGCACACACCUCCGCUCUGGACUUGAAGAAAAGGCCAUAAACCUAAAGAAGCUCUCAAGAGGCUCGGGAUUUUUAUAUAUGGACUAUUUUGUAAUAAAAAUAUUUUCUCUUGUAAGAAAUUG